AAAAGUCGCAGCAGAAUGCCGACUUCCACAAGGUGAAGCUGAAGGUCGGCAAGGCGGCUGGCCCAGCGGCGUCCGCGACGCAGACCUCGUUCAAGGUCGCCAUGAUCAACAUGCCGGCGCAGUCCGUGGUCGUCCACGCCGAGCGCACGCAGGCCCAGCAAGCACAGAUCAACCGCAUGCAUCUUGCUGCAGCAGCGGCGCCGACGGUCGCUCCCACACUUACUGCGCAUGCGGCCGAGCCAGCUGCACCACAUGGACUGGCUGCUGCUGGACAGCCCUCCGCCCCACAACACGCCCAUGGACGAGGCCCGUCUGCUGAUGCUACUGCAAGCAAGUCGUCGUCGGACAAGGCAGCCGCAGCAGCAGCUGUCGAGGCUCAGGCAAUGAUGAUGGUCGAGCCGAUCACCGAGCGAGGACUGAGCGUCGGAGAACUGCUCGUCCAGCUGCGGCACUACUCGCCAACAGUGCGCAAGGACGCUGCGUUUGGACUCAAGGAGCUCGUGCUGCAGUACCCGUACGCAAUGGUCAACCGCGCGUCGCAGCUCAGCGCAAUCACCGAGCGAUCGGUCGAGCUGAUCUCGGACGUCGAAGGCCCAGUCCGGCGCGCCGUGCUCGGGUUUCUGCAGGCGCUGGUUGCGCGUAUUGACGAGGAAAAGAUGCGGCCAUUCUUCCCGCUGUUCAUGGUGCACACGUGCAGCGCCAUGACUCACAUUCGCGACGACAUUCGCCUGGACUCGCUGCUCUUCCUCGACCUGCUCCUCGAGCGCUAUCCACGCAUGAUUGUGGCCCAUAGUCGCGACAUUCUGCCAAACUUUAUCGAGCUGCUGUCGGCGCGAGGUGACACCAAGCCCGCAGGAGGUGCCGUCUCGGCAAAGCCGGGUUCGACGGCCGCGGCCUUGGCUGUUGCUGCUGCGUCCGCCAGUGCCACCAGCACUGCUGCCAAGCUUGCUGCAACUGCCGGCCGUACUUUGCUGUCGAAUCCUGCCGGUGCGCUUGCCACGACGCAGUCGCGCGCCAGCAUUCUGUUGCGGCUCAAAGUCUUUUUGGACGCCUGUUUGAAAGAGCCCUCUGAGACCGCGACCAGCACGACCAGCACGAGCAGCACGAGCGUCUCUGAGGAGCAAACACGUCAAAGUAGCGAUGAUGGUGACACUGCCGGCUCGGAUUCACUUCCAGUGUUUUUGGAUCCAGCAACGCCGCUCAAUCAAAUUUGGAUGCAGCACUCUGCAGGCAGCCGCUCCUGGAGCAACAACGGUCGCGCAGCGCUGACCAUCCACAGCGCAUCCGUGUACAAGUUUGGAGCUGCCAUGUCGUUUGAGCGCAUGACGGCAACAUCUCUUCUCCAGGCCAUGAGCACUGUCGGCCACAACCCUGACGCUGCAUCCGCCACGCAGCGCUCUGUCGGUGGCAAAGCGGUGACUAGCAGCAGCUUGAUUGCUCCCAACACCUCCAUUGGCGACUUUAGCAACCCCGAACACUGUUUGGGCUUUCUUUCAACUGUACUGCCCUUGCUCUUGGAGGUCUGGAUUGAGUGUGCGCCCGCCGACAUUGACACACACGCCCAAGCCACCUUGUCGUGCAUGAGCGUCAUUCUCAGCAUUGUGCGCCAGCUUUGCCGCCACACGACCUCGCUUUUACGAGCAGAUGAUGUUGGCGGCGAAGAAGCAUCCACGUCGCGGCGGUUUGUCAGCUCGACGACCACCGCGCGCGCACGAAGCCUGCCUGCCGAGCAGCUGACCGAGUUUCGCAAGCACUUUAUGACUUACUUUCCGUUUGGAGCCGGGGGCGACCAACGCGAUCCAAAGCGUGCUGCACUGCUUCGAACCAUGAAUAUCAGCACCUGCGACAUUAUGAGCUGCUUUUUGGAGGGCGUCAACCCCGAGGAUGCCGUACACCACCUUGCUAGUGAGGCGUCAUCCGAAGCACCACCACAGGCCCAAGCGCCGACCAACAAGCAAGCAAAUUCAAACAGCAAAAAGCAGCAGCAGAACAAGUCCAAAAAGCUCUACGUGUCUGCAUCGGGCGCAUCCAGUGUGGGUCCCUCGUCCACCUCGAUGGAAGAUCUGCUUCCGAGGUUGCCCAGUCAGCAGCAGACACAGAGAACCGGCGGUUCAAACCGCUCUCUGACGACGGCGCCGUGGAUUAGCGACAUUGUCACGUUUGUUUCCAACGUGCUCAGCCAGGAACAUCAUUCUGGCCAUCGCGUUUCCUCAGAUACUGCCAGUAAUGAGCUAACCAACCAGCACACCACUGCUCUUUUCCACACUGCAACGGCUCUGCUGCAUCGGGUCGAACCCAAGCUGCAAGUCCUCCUCGUCACAUCCGCAGCCGAGUUUCACAAGCACGCCAGCAGGUUGUCUGCGGCAUCCAAGAUUAGCUUGCGCUUUCUUGCUCGGGUCAUCUUCCAUUACGGCGCGCAGGCAGCGUCCGGCGUGCCGGAAGAGAUUCUCGAAACCAUCUCGACGGUGGUGGCCGGCUUGCCGAAACUGCUCUGGAUGCUGGCCGACGAUAAUCCCACCUUCACUGGCAUCAUUCUUGAUCUGCUGCUGAAAAUGGCCCGGCAUGCUCCCGCAAACGUUGUGCGCGAGGAUGCGCCGCCAAACCAGUCUCCUUUGGCAAGUGGCAGCUGGCUUGCGCCGCUCCAGGCCGCUCUUGUGCCGUUUAUGGGUGUCCAAGCCAAGGAUGUGUGGCAUUUCGGUCCAUUUUUGCUCCUCCCACCCUUCAUCCAGAGGCGAUUUGUCGAGUUGUGGGCGCACCUGCCUCCGCAAACCUCGUCGUCCUUUUACGACGCUGUUGGAGCGUGCCUCGUCUCCCCCGCGCUCAACUCAAACACUGCAACGUACCUUUUAGAGACACUGUACUCGUCGCACGCGCGCGAGUUCCGCCGAGUGUCUGAACGCGCAGCGGAUGCAACUGCUCACCACCACCACUUGUCCGCGAGCUCUGAGGAACUGCAGGAGGAAAUCAAAGCACUUGCCGAGCUGACAUCUUGCUCGCUGGGUGUGCUGUUUACGUCUGCAGUGGGCUACCGUCGCCGCGAGUGGGUUGCGCUGCAACAAGCCCUUCCAUUCAAGCCAACUCCAGCUGGACUUUGCACCGCGCUGAUGCCAGUGACAGGCCGAGCAGUGACCAUUGUGUCGCCUCCACUGCAACAGAAAUGGAAAGACGUGGCCACCACGCCGCGGUUUGUGCGAGUGUUUGGCAGGCUCGGCACCGAUGCAAACGUGUACACGGACCAAGCAAAGCGAUACUGGCACUUCCGGCAGCACUUGCUUGACUCGUGCUCUGGCGUCGUUCAUGCGUUGCCUGCAUCGCAAGUAGUGGCGCUGGCAUCGACCGUUGCACGGGCCAUGGACUCGACCGGUGCCCUCGUCGACGAAAGCGGACAGCCGGCAAACGCGCGCUGCCUGCCUUCCGACGCCGUGUUUGGACUCGUGUCCAUGUGGACGGCGCUGGCUCCGCGCGUGACGACUCUCGGCAUGCUUGAGCACGCGAUUUUGGAUUCCGCCACGUUUGCUCGCGUUGGUCAGCUCGGUCUCAUUGCCAUUGCAUCUGCUCUGCAAGAGCAUCAGGCUUUGCACAUUGCUGCAGGCCUUCGGGCAGUGUCCAGCGCAGUCAGUGCCGCUGUGCGUGUCAACUCGGCCGUGCUCAUCAGCGCACUCGAGCUGGCACAGCUGUCGGUCGAGUCGAGUGGCACUGCAGCUGACGCCUUGCUGCGGGCUGUUCUCGAGCUGCUGCAGAACGCCGCAAACCGAGCUGCCUUCAUCCAUGCUCGACCAAUGCUUGACCGUCUCCUGCAAACAUGCCAAGCGAGUGCCUCCGUGUCGCAAACGUUGACCGCGUCGCUCUCUACAGAGGCGUCGCUGCUGCAAUGAUUUUUUUUUUCGUUGCUGUGUUUGCGCAACCGUUCCUUUUUGUUACAAAAUCAAUUUUAAUCAACAAUAUAUUUCGAAAAAAGAAA